AUGUCUGUAGAAUCUGCUUUUCGUGAGCAGAUCAUCACCGAGCGUCUAGUUAUUCCGCCUGACUGUGUGCACGACGUUGCUAGUUAUGUGACUGCGGUUUUAAAUCGACGUUUGCUCGUCUGUACAAGUAAGUUCAACGGAGUUCUGGUUUGCUACAGAGCAAUCAAGUUGAUUGAGAGAGCAGGAGCUAUUGUGGAUGAGCAACCAUAUGUACAUGGCAAGAUCAGAUAUACGGCUACUGUAUUUAGACCAGUGCGGGGGACAGUAUUGGAGGGUGUGGUGACAAAGAUAAGUGAGGAUCACGUGGCAUGUCUUGUUUACGAUUGUUUCAAUGCUGCUAUUCUUCACUCAAGACACCAAGAUCAGACAAGAAACGGAUGGCGAGGAUUUUCUCUGUCAGUCAGCGAUCGUGUAACAUUUAGUGUAACAACCGUCGAUCACGCACACGGAGUGAUGAGCAUCAGAGGGAAAUUACUAGACACGACAGAGAAGAAAGAAGACAGAGACGUAUGUGAAACAGAGAAAGAUGCAUCGAUACAUUCAGUUGAUGGAAACACAAGCCAGUCAGACACUCCGAGUAGGUGUGGCAGUUUGAAGAAAUCGAAGAACAAAAAGCGGUCAAAGCUCAAUAGAACGACAAUGGAGACUGAGUUAUUAGAAACGCCAGCACGUAAAGGAGAUGAAGCCGACGACGUAGUUCAAGAGAGAACAAACUGCAGUGUGCAGAAUGAAGAGAGCAGCGACAUGCAUACGUCUAAACAAGGAAAGAACAAAAAUGCUGCAACAAAUGAUAUACACAAAGGAGAGACGGUUGAGGAACGAAGCAUAUCCAAAGCAAAGUCUGUCUGGGCUGGACUUUCUAAACACAAGGGUUCAUCGUCUAGUGUGCCAGUUGCUUUGUCAGUCAAAUCUAUUGGAGACCGUGUGUCCCAUGUGUCGUCGUCGUCACCCAAGAAGCUAAAGAAAAAACUAAAGCGUGCCGGUAGUGAAGGUACUGCUUCUAAGAAUCGUAAACGAAAGUUGACUGCAGGUGAAGUCAGUAAUGAAACUACAUCUGACGAGAGGGGUAUUACACAAGAUGUGACGUCGAUGACGUCAUCCGCUAGUCAGAAUCCAGAAAAGAAAAAGAAAUGGAAAUAAAGUCGUUAGUUGUUUUGAGUAUAAAUUUUGAGUUUUUCUAAGCAUAAUAAUAUAAUAUCAAUAAAUAUUUCAAUGCAUUGCAAGGUUGUCACGUGCGUAUGCG